AUGCUUACUGCAACCUUUCCAAAAAAUUGUUUUUCUGAUAUGCUAGAUUUUUGUAAAUUAAAACUUGCUACUGCCCUUAAUGUGCAAAAAAAUAAGACACAAGAAUAUGAAGAACAAAAUUCAUCUUUUAAUGUUAUAAGACGUGGUUGUAAAAUAACUUUUCUUUUGCAAAAAAAUUUUCAAGGUGAUUUUGAUGUUGGCAGUUAUUUAAAUUUUAAAUUAGAUAAAUAUCAUGAAAAAAUAGUUUAUUUACAUAAUAAUAAUAAUGAUGUAAAAAAUUCAUUAGAUUAUUUUUAUAUUGAAAAGAUUCAUAAUAUUUCAUCUAAUAUUAUUGAAAUAACAAUUAAUGUAGGACAUGAAGAAUGUAUAGGAAUGUGGGAUGUUAAUGUUAUUGGAAGAUCAACAUUUAACAAACCAUUUUUUUCAACAACUGUAAAAAUUUUUGUUAUUUUUAAUCCAUAUGACACUUCAGAUCCUACUUAUAUGGAUAAUGAAGAAUUUUUAUCAGCAUAUCUUUUAAGAGAUUUUGACUCUGUUUGUUAUAUAUCAAAUGAUGAUGAUGAUAAACAAAUGAUAAAUUCUAAACCAUGGCGUCACUGUCAAUUUACAAUUGAAGCAGUAGAAGUUACAUCUAUUCUUCUCAAAAAAUUAACAAAAUAUAAUUUUUUAAGUAUUUCAAAAAGAAAUGAUAUUAUUAAUAUUACAAGAAAGUUAAGUUUUGCCAUAAAUGAAUGGCUUUUAUUGGGAAAUUGGGAUAGAAAAACUUAUCAAUGUGAUGAUAGAAAACCAGAAGAAUGGGAUAAUAGUUUAGAUAUUUUUGUGAUAUUUAUAAGAAAUCAAAAUCCAGUAAGAUGGGGACAAUGUUUUACAUUUGCACCCCUAUUUACUUCUAUUCUUCGAUGUUUAGGAAUACCAACAAGAACAAUAACAUGUUCUGAUGCUGGUCAUGAUGUACAAGGUUCAUUGGUAUUGGAAAGAAGAAUUAUAAGAAGAAUAAAAAAUGGAUUUCAGACAGAAUCAGAGGAAGGAAUUUGGACAUUUCAUUGUUGGUGUGAAAUAUGGAUUAAAAGGUAUGAUUUAUCAUAUGGAAUUUAUGAUGGUUGGCAAGUUGUAGAUGCUACACCACAAACAACUUCUAAUGGAUUAAGACAACGUGGACCAUAUCCAGUAAAAGCAUUAUUUGAUGGUGUUGUUAAUUUAAAAUAUGAUGGACAUUUAAUGUUCUCUGAAAUGAAUGCAGAUAUAAUUGAUAGAGUUUUAGAGUAUGAUCCUAUAAUUAAAGGAUAUCGUGAUUUAGGUUAUCAAUUUGAUUCACAAGAAAAUCCUACCCAAAGAACAGCAACUACUGGAGGAAUCUUAGUUUGCCCCUCAACAUUUAAUCCUUUUAUAGUAGAAGAUGUAACAGAAAAUUAUAAACCAAGAGAUGGUACAAUUGAAUCUAGAAAACAAAUUAUUAGUGCUUUAAAAUCUUGCAAAUUUUAUAAUAAUGAACAUCCAGUUCUUGAGUCAGAACAAUUAAAAAUACCCUCUGAAACUGGUCAUUUAAUUUUAAUUAAUACAAAUUCAACAAAAAUGAAUAUUGGUGAUACAUGGAUAAUAACAGUUUCAUUUAACAAUUUUACACCUUAUGAUGAAGAUGUUGACUAUGAAUUUAGUAUAUCAGUUUGUGAUAAUGAUAAAAAUUUAUUUGGUCAUAUAUUUACAAGUUCUAGAAGAUUAAUAAUUCCAUUUAAAACAAAAACUAUACAAACAUUUACAGUUGAUCCAUCAAUUUAUCAUGUUAAAGGUUUUAAUACAAAUAUGAUAUAUAUUAUUAAAGUUAAAGCAACAAAUUGUCUUUCAGGAAAUGUUAUCUCUACAGCAAUAGCUACAAGAAUAAGUAAAUUAGCAAAAGAAAUUAAUUUUCCAAAACGAAAAUGGGCUUUAUCAAAAUUAAUAUAA